AUGAAUGUAUUGCAUAAUUCCAGAAAUAGAGAGGUCACUCAAGAUGCACCAGCCAUUGAAAAUCCUGUAGAAUUAUCGAUUAAUGAAGUAUUUGGGGGCUUAAUGCAAGAGGGUGUUGAUGUAGGUCCGUCACAUGUGGUGGGAGAAGAAGAAAUGUUACAUGAUAUGCCUGCUUCAAAUAACAAAGAUUUGUUUGAGUUUCUUGGAGAUGGACGCCAAGAAUUGUUAAGUGACAAGGGAAUGACUAUGAUACUAGAUCUACUCGAGAGAGAUGCAUUUAAAUUUGCAAAGAUUCCUAAUUCUUUUUAUGAGGCCAAGAAAACCAUCAAGAAGUUGUGUCUUGACUAUAUCAAGAUGUAUGCUUGUCCAAAUGAUUGCAUGUUUAUGCGGGAAGAUGAUGUUAAUGCAGAAACAUGCAAGUAUUGCCACACUUCUAGAUGGAAGCCCAAGAAGGAGAGAAUUAAAGAUCAUGCACCUACUACAAGUGAGAAACAAAAGAAGAACAGGAAAAAGCCUGCAAAAAUUUUGCGCUACUUUCCAUUAAAACCAAGACUACAAAGACUGUUCAUGUGCUCUAAGAUUGCUGAGCAUAUGACCUGGCAUGCGGAGGAUGGUAACAAAGAUGGAACCAUAAGACAUCUUAGAGAUGGUGAGGCAUGGGAGAGGUUUGAUACAACUUCUCCUGAAUUUGCUUCUAAUCCUCGAAAUGUUCGAUUAGGCCUAGCUAGUAAUGGUUUCAAUCCUUUUGGGACAAUGAGUACUAAUUAUAGCAUUUGGCAUAUGGUUUUGGUUCCAUAUAACCUUCCUCCUUGGUUAUGUAUGAAGCAACCAAAUUUCAUCCUCUCAAUGAUCAUUCUAGGUCCACGUACGGCAGGGAAUAACAUAGAUGUAUACCUACAACCCCUUAUUAUGGAGUUGAAUGGGUUGUGGUGGGAAGGUGUGGACAUUUUUGAUUCAUCAAAGGAUGAAAUGUUUAGAAUGCGAGCAACUCUUAUGUGGACAGUUAGUGAUUUUCCUGGACUUGAUAUCUUAUUUGGUUGGAACACACAUGCUGGUCUUGCAUGCCCCUCUUGUAAUUUUGAUGCAGAACCUUGUCGACUUCGUCAUAGUAGAAAGUGGUGUUUUAUUGGCCAUUGUCAUUUUUUGGGAAGAAAACAUAAAUUUAGAAUUAUGAGGCAUCGUUUUGAUGGGAAUGUCGAAGAGAGGACCCGUCCGAAGAAGUUAUCAGGGUCAGACAUUUUGCAACAAGUGAAAGAUAUCAAUGUCACAUUUGGAAGACAAGCAGAAUUGAAUGGUAAAAGUAAACAAAAUGGGAAAGGGAGUGUUGGAGAAGGUGCAACUCAACAAUGGAGAAAAAAACACAUUCUUCGACCUUCCAUAUUGGGAGUUUGA